AUGUUGGGUUACCUUAGGAAGGGAAGCCAUGUACGAGUCCGGAAUCUGCAUCUCAGCAAGAAUGCCGCUGUUUAUGGCCAUGGCCGCCUUGUGGAUUUGGUACGCGCAGUCUCGUUUUUGCCUCAGAUAUUUCUUGGAUUUUUCGGAAAGCCCAUCGGGCCCCACGCAGGGCACAGGCAGCCACCACUUAUCGUCCGAAUGCUGAGACUUAUGCUGGCCACUUACUCUCCUAAACGAACGAGACGAAUUUGCAGAGAUGCUUCCUUGUUCAGCGUACCAGAACUCGGUUUCUUGAAAGCUGUCCAGAGCAUUGUAUCGAGUUUUCUCAAGGCAGGGAGAUUGAUAGGAAAUGAAAAGGAGAAAAAAAAAUCACCUAAAUCCAUGAUCUCAUCAUCUAAACCAUGCUUAUGCUGCCUCAUCCCUAAUUUGGACAGCGCUGCACGAACCGGGGACUUGAGCCCUUGCCAGCUGUGUGGGGAUGCCACGUCAGCAUAG